AUGUGUUUCCGUGGCAGAGUAAAGAAAUAUUGCAUGCAGUGUACUGAUGAUGUCGGACCGACUGAUCCACGACACCUACCGAUCGAGACCGUGAGAUGCCAUGCAUACAUGUACGGUGAUCGGAGUCGAUGCCCAGGAGUUAUCGAAACCGAUCAGACCCUAAGCACGGAUGAAGGUAUCAUCUGUCAACGCUGUAGGGAGACGAUCGUCCGCAAUGCAGAGCGUGCAGGCCGCGAGAACCGGGAGCGUGAAGCAGGAGUCACUGCGAAUAAGAUGCUGAUCGACCCGCAGCGUAUCGAUCAAGCCGCUCCAAUGGAACGAAUGGCCAUCAUAGAUCGAAUGGCCACCACGGACGGCACGGCGGUGGAGGCUCCGGUGGCGGCCACCAUGGAGGAAGUGGUACCAACGGCCAUACGUCCAACGGAACAAACGGUCAUCAUGGGUCAAACGGGUCGCACGGUCAUCACAGAUCGGAUGGAUCGCGCCACCACAGAUACAACGGCUAUCAUUGAAGGAUGUGGUCGGAGCUAUCCGAGACUCGAAGUUGUGACUGACGCAACGAUUGAAGGCUGCUCCUUGGUCGACGGCCGUGAGCUUUGCAGUGCGAGGUAG